AUGAGGAGGGAAUGGUUGUUCCUUGUCUCUCAUGACAAUGUGUUUGUCAGACUCCUGAGCCAGCCUGCAGUAGGCUCUACCUGUGAGGUUAUUGAGAGGCUAUACGCCAGCACCAAACAGACCCAACUGCUCCUAUGCUCUGUGUGUGGGGUGUAUGAGAUGGGAGCCAGGACAACCAGCAGCCUGGCAGUGUGAAGCAUCCAGCCUGCCAUUGACCAACUGGAGACUCAGCGUGAGUACAUUGAUCCCCUGCUUUAGUGCUAACUGUCGUCAAAUACUGCACUGCAAACAUUUUUUGAAAAUCACCUUGCCUCAAGGCAUAUAGAGAGUCUGUGUAAUCAGUUUGUUCUUAACCAUACAAUCAGCUACUACAGUACCAUACAGUCUAUACUGCUACACAUUGCAAUAACGUUAAGUGAUUAUAUGAUGUUCAUCUUACUGCAUUGCAGUAACUUGAACAUACUGUACCUCAAAAUGAAUCAUUCAAUACAUGUUGAUGCUGUGAAGUCCAAUAGAUGAAAAGGAGUAAAUUAACUCAUAUUCUCACUGAGAGGGUUUGCUGUUUGUUUGAUUAUCUUUAGCUGUACUGUUGAGUCUGGGAAUUACGCCUGGGCUAGGGCCAGCCCUUCACAAAGCCAGUUCUAGUGGGCUGAGCCAGGUCUAGCAGACUUGGACAGUUUCUAUUUUCUACUCUUUUAUGGGCAGAAACAACAAAAGUAAAAACUUCACAACAUAUGAUGUUUAUAUCAAUACAUUGCAGUAAAGUGGGAAAAGAAGAGCGUCAACCAAUUGACGUUUAUGUCAACCAUCCUUCACCCCCUCCACCCUCUCCCCCACUCAUUUUCUCCCUACUCUCUCUCUCUUGCCCUUCCUCACUCCCUCCCUCUCUUGCUCUCUUCUAUCUCUCUCUUAUCUCUCUCUCUCUCUCUUUGCCUCCUUCUUUCUCUCUCAACCUCCUCUUUAUCCCCCUACUUUACUCCUCUCUCUCUUCCAGUGGCGACCCAUCAUUUAGGGCAGGUGUGGCAGCCCCACAUUUUUAGCAAAAAAAAGCCUGUUUUGCAUGUUCUUUUGGCAUUAAUACGUGUCACAUAUCAGUUUUUUUUGUUUUCUUGAGUAAGGCAGCUCCAAAAUGCAGGUGUUUCAGCCUAGCUCAGUGCUUUCUGUGGUGGGGGGCAAGCCAGCAGAAAAUACGGAGCAUUGCGCAAUGAUUGGCUCAGUGUUAUGUCACUCAUGGGGACACUAGUUACUGCCAAGUCUAAGGCAAUUCAAGCCCCUUGGCUGCCACAGAGUUACAUUAGAAGUGCCCAUCCAAGAAGGCUCAAGGUCAUUGGCCACAGAUAAAAUGACAUCAAAUCACGUUAUAUGUACAGUUGCUUUGAUUGGAUUGAUCCUGUCAACAUCAUCCUUUCAAAAUCUAAGCUAGCAGUCAUCAUCAUGAAUCAAGUCGACAAUCUACUGGCAAAUCCUUUUUAAUCCUUGUCAUAUGAAGAGAAAUAAUGAAGAGAAAUUAUAAAUAAAACGUAUCGGUGCUCAUCGGCCAUUGGACAUAAACAUUACACAACAAGUUGGAAAUCGCAAAUUCAACAAUGAGUGGUUUGGAAGGAAUCGGUGACAGUGGCUAACUGCAAUCAUUGCAAAGCAAUCACUAGCCUGCUAUUCAGUGGAGUGGCUGUAAGGACCCAAAUCUUGGAUUAAGGAGCUCUUUUCCAAGUUUAAAAUGAUAAACAUUCAACAUUGGCCAUACUGUCAAUGAAGCAUGAUUUGUGCCGCGCAAAAAAAACUGUUAACUUGGAACUGCGAAAACUUGACUUCAGUGAGUUCAAGACAACUGGGAAGUCGGGAAUAAACAAGCUCCAACUGGGAAAAUACAUUUUGAACUGUCAUCCAACUCGGAAUUGUAAAUCUGGCUUAUUUCUCUUUAGUUGAUGACAACAUUUUCCCACGAAGGACCGCCGCGCAAACUUCCUGUUCAAGUGAGCACAGCACAACAAGGUGAGUCCAAAAAUGUAUUGUAUGAUGCUGCAUAAAUUAUGUAAUAUGCCAGUGAGAUACAGUGAGGGAAAAAAGUAUUUGAUCCCCUGCUGAUUUUGUACGUUUGCCAAAUGACAAAGAAAUUAUCAGUCUAUAAUUUUAAUGGUAGGUUUAUUUGAACAGUGAGAGACAGAAUAACAACAAAAAAAUCCAGAAAAACGCAUGUCAAAAAUGUUAUAAAUUGAUUUGCAUUUUAAUGAGGGAAAUAAGUAUUUGACCCCUUCUCAAUCAGAAAGGUUUCUGGCUCCCAGGUGUCUUUUAUAAAGGUAACGAGCUGAGAUUAAGAGCACACUCUUAAAGGGAGUGCUCCUAAUCUCAGUUUGUUACCUGUAUAAAAGACACCUGUCCACAGAAGCAAUCAAUCAAUCAGAUUCCAAACUCUCCACCAAGACCAAAGAGCUCUCCAAGGAUGUCAGCGACAAGAUUGUAGACCUACACAAGGCUGGAAUGGGCUACAAGACCAUCGCCAAGCAGCUUGGUGAGAAGGUGACAACAGUUGGUGCGAUUAUUCGCAAAUAGAAGAAACAGUUCUUCUACUAAUCUCACUGCAACUCCCCUCCAUGUCUCCGACCACUACUUUGUAUCCUUUUCUCUCUCGCUCUCCUCCAACAGUACUCACUCUGCCCCUACACAGAUGGUCAUGCGCCGUCGCAACCUUCUCUCUCUCUCUCCCGCUACUCUCUCCUCUUCCAUCCUAUCAUCUCUUCCCUCUGCUCAAUCCUUCUCCCUCCAAUCUCCUGAUUCUGCCUCCUCAACCCUCCUCUCCUCCCUUUCUGCAUCGUUUGACUCUCUAUGUCCCCUAUCCUCCCGGCCGGCUCGGUCCUCCCCUCCAGCUCCGUGGCUUGAUGACUCAUUGCGAGCUCACAGAACAGAGCUCCGGGCAGCUGAGCGGAAAUGGAAGAAAACUAGACUCCCUGCGGACCUGGCAUCUUUUCACUCCCUCCUCUCUACAUUUUCUUCAUCUGUUUCUGCUGCUAAGGCCACUUUCUACCACUCUAAAUUCCAAGCAUCUGCCUCUAACCCUAGGAAGCUCUUUGCCACAUUCUCCUCCCUUCUGAAUCCUCCCCCCCCCCCCCCUCCUCCCUCUCUGUGGAUGACUUCGUCAACCACUUUGAAUAAGAAGGUUGACGACAUCCGAUCCUCGUUUGUUAAGUCAAAUGACACUGCUGGUCCUGCUCACACUGCCCUAACCUAUGCUUUGACUUCUUUCUCCCCUCUCUCUCCAGAUAAAAUCUUGCGACUUGUGACUGCAGGCCGCCCAACAACCUGCCCGCUUGACCCUAUCCCCUCCUCUCUUCUCCAGACCAUCUCCGGUGACCUUCUCCCCUACCUCACUUCGCUGAUCAACUCAUCCUUGACCGCUGGCUAUGUCCCUUCCGUCUUCAAGAGAGCGAGAGUUGCACCCCUUCUCAAAAAAUCAACACUCGAUCCCUCUGAUGUCAACAACUACAGACCAGUAUCCCUUCUUUCUUUUCUCUCCAAAACUAUUGAGCGUGCCGUCUUUAGCCAACUCUCUUGCUAUCUCUCUCAGAAUGACCUUCUUGAUCCAAACCAGUCAGGUUUCAAGACUGGUCAUUCAACUGAGACUGCUCUUCUCUGUGUCACGGAGGCUCUCCGCACUGCUAAAGCUAACUCUCUCUCCUCUGCUCUUGUCCUUCUAGACCUGUCUGCUGCCUUUGAUACUGUGAACCAUCAGAUCCUCCUCUCCACCCUCUCCGAGCUGGGCAUCUCCGGCGCGGCUCACUCUUGGAUUGCGUCCUACCUGACCGGUCGCUCCUACCAAGUGGCGUGGCGAGAAGCUGUCUCCGCACCACGUGCUCUCACCACUGGUGUCCCCCAGGGCUCAGUUCUAGGCCCUCUCCUAUUCUCGCUAUACACCAAGUCACUUGGCUCUGUCAUAUCCUCACAUGGCCUCUCCUAUCAUUGCUACGCUGACGACACACAACUAAUCUUCUCCUUUCCCCCUUCUGAUAACCAGGUGGUGAAUCGCAUCUCUGCAUGUCUGGCAGACAUAUCAGUAUGGAUGACGGAUCACCACCUCAAGCUGAACCUUGGCAAGACGGAGCUGCUCUUCCUCCCGGGGAAGGACUGCCUGUUCCAUGAUCUCGCCAUCACGGUUGACAACUCCGUUGUGUCCUCCUCCCAGAGUGCGAAGAGCCUUGGCGUGACCCUGGACAACACCCUGUCGUUCUCCGCUAACAUCAAGGCGGUGACCCGAUCCUGUAGGUUCAUGCUCUACAACAUUCGGAGAGUACGACCCUGCCUUACACAGGAAGCGGCACAGGUCCUAAUCCAGGCACUUGUCAUCUCCCGUCUGGAUUGCUGCAACUCGCUGUUGGCUGGGCUCCCUGCCUGUGCCAUUAAACCCCUACAACUCAUCCAGAAUGCCGCAGCCCGUCUGGUGUUCAACCUUCCCAAGUUCUCUCACGUCACCCCCCUCCUCCGCACACUCCACUGGCUUCCAGUUGAAGCUCGCAUCUGUUACAAGACCAUGGUGCUUGCCUAUGGAGCUGUGAGGGGAACGGCACCUCCGUACCUUCAGGCUCUGAUCAGUCCCUACACCCAAACGAGGGCAUUGCGUUCAUCCACCUCUGGCCUGCUGGCUCCCCUUCCUCUGCGGAAGCAUAGUUCCCGCUCAGCCCAGUCAAAACUGUUCGCUGCUCUGGCACCCCAAUGGUGGAACAAGCUCCCUCACGACGCCAGGACAGCGGAGUCACUCACCACGUUCCGGAGACAUUUGAAACCCCACCUCUUUAAGGAAUACCUGGGAUAGGAUAAAGUAAUCCUUCUACCCCUCCCAAAAUCUGUGGAGGGAGCUGAAGGUUCAAGUUGCCAAACGUCAGGCUCGAAACCUUGAUGACUUGGAGAAGAUCUGCAAAGAGGAGUGGGACAAACCCCUCCUGAGAUGUGUGCAAACCUGGUGGCCAACUACAAGAAACGUCUGACCUCUGUGAUUGCCAACAAGGGUUUUGCCACCAAGUACUAAGUCAUGUUUUGCAGAGGGGUCAAAUACUUAUUUCCCUCAUUAAAAUGCAAAUCAAUUCAUAACAUUUUUGACAUGCGUUUUUCUGGAUUAUUUUUUUGUUAUUCUGUCUCUCACUGUUCAAAUAAACCUACCAUUAAAAUUAUAGACUGAUCAUGUCUUUGUCAGUGGGCAAACGUACAAAAUCAGCAGGGGAUCAAAUACUUUUUUCCCUCACUGUAUGUAUACUGUAGCUAAGAAAGUAAUACUAAGUGAAUGUUGUGUAGUAAGAUGUUAGUAGCCCAUGUGCCUCACCCUAAUAAUUUGGUCUGUUUACCCCUCUUAAUUUCGCCUACUGUUCUGACUUGUGGUGCACAUGUAGCCUAUAACCUGUUUUAGAGAAAUGUAAUCAUCAAAUAUUGUAAGAGCUUUCAUUGUCUGCUUAUAUGCCCCCUUUAUUUAUCCUAUGGUUCUGACUUGGUGUACAGGGAGAACACUGUAAGAACGGCCCUGAAUUCUGUCGCUGUACAUUUCAAAAGUGCCCACUUUUUUUUUUUUUGCCCCACCAACAUUUACAUGCUAAAAUCGCCACUGCUCUCUUCUAUUAAUUACUUUCCUCUCUCCCCUCUCUUUCCCUAUCCCUGUCUCUCUCCCACUCCUUCACUCUCCCCCUUCCCACACUCUCCCUCCUCCCCAUUCCCUCCCUCCCAUCGCUCUCUCUCUCUCUCUCUCUCCCCCACCUCCACCUCUCUCUCCUCUCUCCCACCUCCACAGACUGGAUAUUGACGCAUAGAAGUCAAUGCAUUGCAUUCAUUGUAAAAAUAUAUGCAUGAAGGAUAUUAACGUAUAGGUUUGUGUCAAUAGAUUUGACUAAUACGUCAAUACAAUGCAUUCACAGCAAAAAAGUUGGUGAUAAAGCUGCAACAUGUAAAUUGGUGAAAGACCGGGACGGACGGACGGACGGACAGACAGACACUGACCUCUGUGACAGUUUUCUGCCAUUGUUCCUACUCCUUUGAAAACAGCAGCUAUGACUCCCAUACUGAAGAAACAGGGCCUAGACUCUGAGCUCCUCACCAACUACAGGCCUAUCUCAAACUUCCCUUUCCUCGCCAAAGUGCUUGAGUAGGUGGUAGCAUCACAAAUCCCAACAACACAUGGCCUCUCAUUAACUUUUCAAACCUCUCCAGUCGGGCUUCUGGGCUAUGCAUGGCACUGAAACUGCUUUGGUAAAGGUAGUGAAUGACCUCUGUGCUGCUGAUGCUGGGAACAUCUCCAUCCUCAUCCUUCUGGACAUGUCUGCAGCAUUUGACACUGUCUAUCAUCAGAUUUUAACUGUGAACACAGAUGUUGCACACAAACACUCACAGAUGUUGCACACACACACAUACGUUGCACACAUACUAAUGUCAUACACCAAGGCCUAACACAACACGGCCACGAAGGACAGUCCUCUAAAGGCCUACCAACCAAUAAAAAGUAAUGUCUAACAGCAUUUAGUCAAUUUCCACUCAAUUGACCACCAGAGCAACAACACAAGUUAUAUCAGGGUUGCCCAACCCUGUUCCUGGAGAGCUACCCUCCUGUAGGUUUUCGCUCCAACCCCAGGUGUUACUAACCUGAUUCAUCUUAUCAACCUGCUAAUUAUUAGAAUCAGGUGUGCUAUAUUAGGGUUGGAGCAAAAACCUACAGGAUGGUAGCUCUCCAGGAACAGGGUUGGGCAGUCCUGAGUAAUAUAAUCUGUGUACACAAAAUUCACUGGCCUUUCAGCACCAUGGACAGAAUCAUGGACAACUAUAGGCAUCAAACAGAGCACAAAUUAUGCUAAUAAAUAAACGUCCUUACCUUUUAGAAAGAUUUUCUUCUUGUUUUCUUGCUGAGAAGUCCUUGUUUACCUUGGUAAAAUCCUACCACGAAGGAUGUCGCUUUCAAGGGACAUCAGGGUUAAGUGAUUAUCUUUCCUGAUGCAUUGUUGAUCUCAGUUUAUUUUUCACCAAAGAAGCUUUGAAAAGCUUUGCGUUGGUCACAUAUCAACAUUAGGAAAUAUUGACUAUAAUUUCCUUCACCUUAAAAGUUGUAGUACUGCCUUAGCAGACGUGUUACCUUCCUCGUUACAGAUACAUUUUUGUUUUUUACAAUGGCGUGGCUAUAGCCCAGGUUAGCCCAUACAUCAAAACGCCCCUGCUUCAUGGAGUCUCCGGAAACACCCCUUGCCUGGUUCCACUCAUAUCUAUCUGAUAGACAGCAGUUUGUCUCCCUUGGCAACUACAGGUCUGCCCCAGCCCCUGUAUCACAAGGUGUAUUUAGAUGCUACCUCUUGGUCAGAUCCUCCGUCACUUUGGACUCAGAUUUCACUGUUACGCAGAUCACACACAAAUCUACAUCCACACAAACCCUACUCCACCUUGCCACCCUCCUAUUUUGUUGUUGACUGUCUCCGUGAAGUUAACUUUGAUGAGCAAUAACUUUUUUAAACUAAACAACGACAAAACAGAGAUCAUGCUCAUGGGCCCCAACUCCCUCAGCUAGAAACUGGGUCAACAUUCGACCACACUCUGUCAUUUGAACCCCAUAUCCGAAACAUCACCAAGUCAGCCUUCUUCCACCUCAAAACAUCUCACGAUUCAGACCCUCUCUCACUGACCCCACUGCUGAAACUACAACUACAACAUAUUCAAAAUUCAGCUGCACGAGUCCUCACACACACCAGACCUGGGGACCACAUAACCCCACCCUCAUCAAUCUCCACUGGCUCCCAGUUCAAUACAGGUUCAUCUUCAAAUUGCUCAUGCUCACCAACAAAGCACUUAAUGGACUGGUGCCCACAUACCUUACUGACCUCCUGCAUCCCUACACUAUCACCUGUUCACUACGUUCAUUUGACAUUGGACUUCUCAUCAUCCCUCGCACCAGGCUGCGCUCCAUGGGAGACCAUGCUUUUAUCAGUGCCAGCCCCCCAACUUUGGAACUCCCUCCCUCUCCAUGUCAGAACCUCACAAUCCAUACAGAUAUUUAAGUCCAAACUAAAGACACACCUCUUCACAAAGGCUUACCCGGAUUCUCUGUUGUCUUAGCUUUUAUCCUGUCCUUAUGUUUAGUGUACUUACUUAGUUUAAUGUGUGAUUUUAUAGUUUUUUAUCCUGCUGAUUAUCUUCGCUCUGGAUAAGAGCAUCUGCUAAAUGACUAAAAUGUAAAUGUGAUGUUACUCUUGGUCCUCUGACCUGUUCUGAGGCUGUGUUUACACAGGCAGCCCAAUUCUGAUAUUUUGUUCAUAAAUGCAUAUUUUGACCAAUCAGAUCAGCUCUAUUAUAGUUUUUUAUCCUGCUGAUUAUCUUGUGUAUUUAAAGUUACUUUGGGUGUCUUUAAAAGGGCUUAAAAUGAAAUGUAGUAGUAGUAGUAGUAGUAGUGCAAGACCAUUGUGUCCAAUGGAUGUCAAAUUUUUAGGGGAGGCCAAUUUACUUCAAAUUUCAUAUGCUGGGUCAUGACGGUCCCCCGGUCACAAAAUAAGGUCUGUAGGUAAUGGUUUUCUAUGGAAGAAAAGGCUGUGUUCUCUUUGGAACCACGUUUCCACUGUGAAUAGUUAAUUUCACAUGGUUAGGUGUAGGCUUGCGUUCAUUGGGAGUGUCUGCUGAACGAUCACAUAUGUGAAUUGUGUUUCUAACCUCAACCGUUCUACCGAUGUCACUCAAAAGCACCUUAACUCUAAGUCAGGCUUCAAGUGAGGCGCACCUUUCUGCCAUGUAGUGGGGGAGGGUAAAAUUAAUUUAUUGUAAAUUGGGUUAGGUUUAUUUCUAGGGUUGAGACCCUAACCCUAACCGAUCUUAUCUAAGCUCUCUCCAAACCCUGACCCUAACCUUCUUGACUAAACCCCAGUGGGGUUGCUGGAUAGCCCGAGCUUGUCAUGCUAAGGGUUUAUAAGUGUGGGCCUGUCUCCUUGGCUCGCCAGUCGUGUAGUGGUGUGCAUCCUCCUAGGGGUUUAUGACUUGCCUCUUGCACUUCAACUUCAUUUACCACUUGGAGCUCUGUCCCUCAUACCUAACCUUAACCUAACAGGCAAGUACGUAGGCAGGCAGACAGGCACAGACAGAUUAUAACCUCAACCUUAAACCCCCUAACCCUAACCCUAGCUUCGUCUCUACAUCUUGGCUCAACCCUAAAUAUAGCCAUAGGGUUAGGGUUAGGGUUAGGGUUAGGGUUAGGGUUGAGGUUUUAGUUAGAGUUUAGCCGGGAUGUGGACAAGAAGUUAGGGUUAGAGUAAUGGUUAGGGUUGAGCCAAGAUGUGUAGAUGAAGCAAGAGUUAGGGUUAGGGUUGAGGCUAGGGUUGACCCUAUUGACAUAAGCACUCAUCUGUGACACUCAUCUUUUACCAUUAACUGCAAUGUAUUGGCAUGAACAUCAAUUGGUUGACACUCUUCUUUGCCCAUUUACUGCAAUGUAUUGACAUACACUGAGUGUACAAAACAUUAGGAACACCAUCGUAAUAUUGAGUUGCACCUACUUUUGCCCUCAGAUCAGCUUCAAUUCGUUGGGGCAUGGACUCUACACGGCCUCAAAAGCCUUCCCCAGGGAUGCUGGCCCAUGUUGACUCCAAUGUUUCCCACAGUUGUGUCAAGUUGGCUGGAUGUGCUUUGGGUGGUGGACCAUUCUUGAUACACACGGGAAACGGUUGAGCAUGAAAAAAACAGCAGCGUUGCAGUUCUUGACACACUCAAAUCGGUGCACCUGGCACCUACUACCAUAUCCUGUUCAAAGGCACUUAAAUAUUUUGUCUUGCCCAUUCUCCCACUGAAUGGCACACAUACACAAUCCAUGUCUGAAGGUUUAAAAAUCAUUCUUCAACAUGUCUCCUCCCUUCAUCUACACUGAUUUGAAGUGGAUUUAACAAGUAACAUCAAUAAAGGAUCAUGGCUUUCACCUGGUCAGUCUAUGUCAUUGAAAGAGCAGGUGUUCCUAAUGUUUUGUACAACCAGUGUAUGUUAUUGUGUGCUGUUUAUUUUGUGUAGUCUGAGGUUAUUGGCAGUGUAAAACAUAAUGACCUUCUCUAAACUCAUUGUAUUCUCUAGUUGUUGCUGCCAACAGUCUGGCCUGUAAAGGGCUGGAUCAUCUUGAGGAGAAGAUCCCAGCUCUGCAGUAUCCCCCUGAGAAGGCAAGGACGCUCUUCUCUGAGUUAAUUUAA